AUCGACGUUAGGCAGGUAUUGCUUUAUUAUCGCUUUCCUUUACUCGUCUUCUCCGUUUGCUGGCUGAUGGAUGGCUAUUAGAAGCGUAGGUAAAACCUAGUACAUGCCUUACGCUAGCAUGCAGAGCGCCCCCCGGUUAUUCUGGUCUGGACUCAGGGGGGAUAUAUUGGGUUGGCUUGUCUCUCAGCUUAACUUUAAACAGACGACCACCUUUUGACCCCACCGUAGGUAGCCGAGGGAAGCCGCCUCAACCACUCCAGCUUGGCCCCGGGGAUUUUUAAACCUGCCCAGUACUGUAUGGAUAUGCGUACCUAUGUACUGGACAUACAUACGCGUAUUGUACAUACACCCGGCUCUUCUUCUGUACGUCGUGUAUUCAGUACUGCACCUACACGCCGCAUUAGGCGUUACAGGCGGCAGCCAACCUGCGGCUCGUGGCAAUAAGACCAUGGACCUACCUAACCUAAGGAGGUCUCCAUACGGUUGGCCACGGCAUGAGCCGCAACUGAUUGGCCAGAGUGGGACAGCUCACAUCUGCUCCCGUCGUAUAGCGUACCUAUCUGCUCUUUGUCUGUUAUUUCCUGUUUUGGACGCUGGGUCUUGGAUCCCUCUGCACCAACUCCACGAGGCACCGGGGCUUCGGAGGAAUCGGAGCAUUCGUUUCGUACAUGUAUGUAUACAUGUAGGCUGUGUGUGCAUGUACUGUGGUAUUGUACAGGACCAUAGUUGGGAUGGAGACAAGGUCAGAGGAGUGUAUCGGCUCGCGCGGGUAGCGCCGCUGCUCCCCAUAACGCAAUCGCGGCAACGGUUAGGCCAUGCAGGUAACAUUCAAGUUACCGAGGUAUUUUAGGGUUUGAGCUACACUACCUUCGUGCUCCUCACAAACCCCACUUACAUAGACAGAAUAGUCUGAGGCAUGUGCCAGGUAUACACAAGGUGCACGUGGGCAAUAAG